AUGGCGAGUUUGAACGUAAACUUGGCCGCUGGUACGCACAUUUUCGUGCAGUCCAAGUCAGAGGUUUGGACGAGGGCAGUAGUCGAAAAGGUUGAAGGCGACGCAAUCACCGCUAAAAUCGUCCAGGAUGAAUUGAAUAAAGAUGUAGAAGGGGAUGGAAUUGUCAUGCUCAAGAGUGAUGACCUUUUCUACCCUCAUUCCGUAGGUAAGAGUGCGUGA